AUGGCGUCUCACGCGCAGGCAUCAGCUCAAUGGCUUCUGGCAGUCGUACUCGUUGCUGCUGCUUGCGUGUCCAUGGGCCUUGCUGAAGAGGAUGCCUCAAACUCGCUGGCUUCGUGCGAGGCACUCGGCUGGCAAUACAUCCCUUCUUGGAGCCGCUCCACCAACUCUGCAGGCACGGCUUAUCUCGCCGUCAAUCUGACCAGUGGAACGACUUCAAGCCCUAGUGCUUCAAUGCUCUUUCCCACCAUAUGCUGCGCUGACUCUGUGUCUGUGGAACGUCGCUCUGACGCAUCCUGUACCGAGCUUCGUCUCGAGGCUCAAAGCUAUGGCAAUCCCAGCAAUGAUUCGUUGGCCCUGGUCAAUGGCUGGACUGAAAUUGCAGAGGGCGUCUGUGUAUCGCCGUAUACCACCUACUUACUCGAUGGCACAAUGCUCUCACCCCGAGCUGGCAGCGAUGGCGAUAGCCAACGCUGCCUACUUAACGUCACCGCGGCAGAUGCAACCAAUAUUUGCGCCAUGAAUGGCGCUCGCCUCUGUUACCAAAAUGAGCUCGCAGUCACCGACAGCGUCGCGGGCUGUCAGCGGCGGUUUGCUGGCGCACACGUGCUCACGGGCUCAACCUGCGCCGAAGCCUUACCCAUGUUACCGUCAAUCUGCACGCGCUGUCAAGGCCAUGUUACCGUCCGUGCCAGCAACACCAGUGACACACGUUGCAACGCCAUCAACGACGCAUCUCUUCAGUAUGCCGUUGUGUGCUGCGGCGAUGAACUUCCCUCCAUUCAACGGCUCUCCGAGAAAAGCUGUGCAGAGCUUGAGGCUGUCGGCUUUGAAGAAACUGCCUCUAGUCGUGAGCACAUCUGUGGUGCCAGUGACAUCAAUUCGCAAUGUUUUGCCAACGCCACUUUUGCUGAAGCCGAAGCUUUCUGCUCGGCCGUGGGUGCCAGACUCUGUACGCUGUCAGAGCACAUUGCUGGGGAGGCCCGUGACACCGGCUGCCUCUUCAACAUGCAGUCAACAUGGUCGGCGACUCCAUGCGGCCGCGACGGUUUGAGCCACAUGGCCUGGAACAGCCAAGCCAAUGCAAUGUCUUGCCACACCUCUUUGGAGCAACUGCCGGUCCGUUGCUGUGCUGACGAAGUGUCAGUCUUUGGCGCUCUGACGGGUACCUCAUGCAAGACCUGUUCUCAACUGGGCUGGAACGCUGGCCGUGCUGGCAGUACCAACAUUCGCACUUGCGCCGGCUCUCGAGUGGUGGGGGCUUCUAGUGAAAACGGUGCUUGUCCAUUGCGGGAGAUGCCUUGGGAUACGGCCGAUCGUCUGUGCUUGGACAUUGGUGCUCGUUUGUGCAAUGCAGAUGAGAUCAUGGCUGGGGAGACGACAGGCACCGAAAACAUCAAGAGCGACCUCUCUUGUGACAGCCUGCGUGAGGCAACAGCACGUUACAACACCUUCCGUAUGUUGCAACAAUGGUCAGACAUUGACAACGAUGAGGAUCAAGUCUGCGCAAACAGCUUUAUGCUCUUUGAUGCAACGGGCCAAUAUGCGCAAAUGACAAAUUCAAUCAAUGGCAGCGAUGCGCGCUGCUUCAGCAACAAAACUUUUUCAGAGGCAGACCAGAUCUGCAAUGCCAAUGGCGCACGCCUUUGUACAUCGAUCGAAAUGCGCCGUCAAGCCAAGGGAACGGGUUGCGCGUUCGACGCCAGGGAUGUCUACGUAGCUACCAGCUCUGAGUGCUACGUCAACAGCUCCUCGACAAACUAUGACGGUGUUUUGAGUGGCUAUGGUGGUGCUUUUACCUGCAUGCCCAAACAAGCUUCAAUCUUCGCCGUUCGUUGCUGCGGUGAUGAAGAUAACACUGGUGCAACCGUAUCAAACAUUGAGACGCCUACUCGCUCGCUCAAGAGCUGCCAAGAGCUAAGCUGGAGUUACCAGGGCCUUGGUCGCCUGUUGGUCUGCAGUGCCAGCUCUUACCCGAACGGCACCUGCUUUACCGACGGACGCGUGGCCGACGAAAUCGACUUUGCUGAGGCGAAUCUUCGCUGCCAAUCAAUGGCAAUUACAUCUGGACAUCAACCGCAUGCAUCAGCCCACGGAUUGUUGCUUGUGGGCAACGCGCCGGCCCUGCUCGCUGUGACGCCCCUUUUGCAGCUUAUCAAAUUGUGCCCCAAUAACAGCGAUCGCUGCAACGUUGAAUCGGCUGUUCAAGUGGCUGAAACCAGUACAGGCAGCCGUAAGCGGUGUACACCACUCACUGGCAAGGGCGAGCUGCGCUGUUGCGCUGAUGCUGCCACAGACACGGCGCUAUUGACUGGGACCAGCGUAAAAACUUGCGGUGACUUGGACUGGGAUCCAGUGCAGACGCAGGGUACCUUUGCUCGUGUGUGCGCCGAAUCACAGAUUGUGGUCAAUGGCCAGGGUGACCUGUCUUGUGCCGCCACCAACGUGACUUUCCCAGUGGCUGAAGAAUAUUGCGCCAAUAUCGGAGCACGCUUGUGCAGUGCCGAAGAGGUCGAGGCUCGCGCUGGCUCGGGCUCAGGGUGUGGCUUGAACUCGGAGCGCAUCUGGACCCGUAGCCAAUGUGCCGCUGGAUUUUACACUCUGGCCGGCCAGCCUAGCAAUCUGGAUAGCAUCCCUAAGCUAUGUACACCCAGUGAUGGGCGAGCGUAUGUUCGGUGCUGUGCCGAUGAGCUGCAAGAUCAGAGUGAUUACUCGUGCUCAGAGCUGGGAACGUCCCCAGCACAGUAUACUCAAUUCCGCAGCGGAAAUGCGUUUCCAGUUGCUUCCAAUAUGAGUUCCAGCUGCUUUGAGUCACGUCUUACCCUCGACGAGCAGGGUCAGCGUGUGCCGGAGGACAACGACUCACUCUGUCAGACUGUCUCGGAGACCAGUGUCGCGCAACGUACCUGCUAUCAACAAGGUGCUCGUCUCUGCACGCGCAGCGAGUUGCUCAAUCUUGCUCUUGCUUCGCAAUGCAAUACCUCGCUGUACAUCCCCUCGUCUGCCAGCUGUACAACCAUCGAUGGGUACAUUGGACGUCGGGCUUUCCUUCCUGGCUCUGCGGAUGAGCUCUGCGUGCCCAACGAUGCAUCAGCUGCCACAAAUGUCCUAGCCGGUCAAUCUUUGGCCGUGGCCUGCUGUGCCGAUGUUGAUGUUCCGACUCGCGCCGUUUCCGCUCUCUCAUGCUCGCAGCUUGGAUGGCCGGAAACAAAAGGAAACUUGGCUAUCUGCGGAGCUAGCAAGCUGGGAGCUGAGGCAACCUGCUUUGCUGAUGUGAACCACAUCUUCGAAUGUAUCCCUAGCUCACCUUGCCUGCUGCGGCCCCGAUCGCUCAAAACGCAUGUGGGGACGCAGCGACCUCAAUUCGCCGACUAUCGCUCAGGGUUGCAAUUUCAAUGGCCGGGCAGUCUGGACCGCAACCCCUUGGUAAUUUUCAAUAGCAAUCAAGGCGGAAUCGAUGGCCAGCAUAUCAUUAAAGGUACUGACGUUGAGUGUACGAGCAAGCUUUAUCUUGCCUCAGUGCGCUGCUGUGCAGAUCGCCAGAUCAAGGAUGUCUACCUGACCGGUUCUUCGUGCAAGAGCUGUGGCGAGCUCGGGUUUUACCACCAGUCGCGACGAGGCGAUGGAGACGUUUGUGGCGAGAGUGAGAUUGUGGGCCCGACGGAAGGCGAGCGCUCCUGCUACCCAGACCCUGUCACAUUUGACCAAGCGUUGCAAAUGUGUGGGCAAAUUGGUGCGCGCCUGUGCAGUGCAACGGAAUUGACGGUGGGUGAGGCCACCGGAACAGGCUGCAAUCUUAAUGGCAAGGCGAUCUGGUCCCGGAGCCAAGAUGGCUGCGCCGAUGGGGAAUUCGUGGCAAUUGCGGGCUCAGGAACCAGCGCAGCUUCCACUUGUUUGCCAGCGUCCGAAACGGCCUUUGUGCGUUGUUGUGGCGAUGAGUAUACAACUCCGCCGGAUCAGUCCUGUAUGCAGCUGCAACAGGACAACGCCCGGUUGGGCAUGUCUGGUGAUGUGGGCUGGACUUUGGAUGACAGUCGUGGGACCUGCACGGCAUGGCAUCUGCCCUACAAUGGCGAUGGUUCCCUCACCCGCGAAGGCCGUCAAUACGCCACAGUAGACGACGCCGAGCAUAUUUGUGCCUUGAAUUCGGCGCGCCUCUGCACAGUCAACGAACUCAUUGACAAUUUUGAUACCGCUAGCCAAGUGUCAUAUACUGAAGCCGUCGAUAUUUGUCGCAACAUCAGCGCUCGGCUGUGUACCAUUGGGGAGCUCACAGCCAAAGCCGCUCGCGACACGGGCUGUUUGUAUAAUUUUGAGCAUACCUGGAGCAGCAGUGAUUGCACGCGUUGUGGAAUCAGCUCACAUUGGACCUUUUUGUCGGCGUCGACCACCAAUCAAGCCAACGAUCGCGCUUGUGCUGAUGAUUAUCAGCUGCGUGCCGUUGGAUCCAUCACCCACAUUUUUCCCACACCUUCUCACCUUGGUCCCUCGGCACAUGUUGAUUACGGCGUCUGCGGCACCAGAGACGUGCUAGAGAAUGGGGCGUGCACACACGCCAACGUGUCCUUUGUCACUGCGGGCGAACAGUGCUCAGCCAUAGGCAUGCGACUCUGCGAUAUCACAGAACUCGAAGCCGGUUUGUACCAAGGCGUUAACGACGCUUGUAGCCUGGAUGGAUCCGCACUGUGGUCGCGCAAUUCGUGUGGCACCGAAUCUGCAUACGUCAUCACGCCUGCCGGUCAGCGGGAAUGUCAAAACACUUCAACACCAACAGCAGCCUUUGCGUGCUGCGCCGAUACAGCGUAUAUCCUCAAGUCUGAAGCAUCAUGCUUGGCUUUGCAGUUUUCCGCCUUUAACGUGCUGAAUCAUCGCGGCACAGCUGGUGGUUACAGCUGGUUGGGCACGAACCAGACAACUUGUACUUCGGGGCAACUCACCUUUGAUGAAUCUGCUCAAAUCCUGGAUGUGAACGAUCGGUGUCAGAGUGGUAAAACUUUUGAUGAAGCCGAAAAAAUAUGUGCCAUCAAUCAAGCCCGGCUGUGCCAAGUGCUUGAGUUGGAGCAAGUCGGCAUUAACGAGACUUGUGAUGGCAGUGAAGUUUCUGCUUGGAGCGGCACUGCCUGUGCAUUAACCAAUACGACCAUUGGCUUCUAUCGCGUCACUCAAACUGCUCCUGGCGUGUAUAAUCGCACUUGCUUGCCACGCGAUGGUGGACCAAGUGCCACGAGCGGUGUACAAUGCUGCGCGGAUGCGACUGGCACUACUCCCAUCCGUUCAACGCGCAGCUGUGCGCAACUUGACUUUGCUUUUACCCCGUAUGGUCCGGACAACGUAUGUGGUUCAUCCUUGGUGAUCAACGGCAGCUGUUUAGGAGAUCAGGUUUCCUUUGCGCGAGCCGAGGCCGUGUGUACGGAGCUAGGCGCACGCCUGUGCACCUUUGGAGAGUAUAUCGCUGGUGCCACGCGCGAUACUGGGUGUGGCCACAACAACGCUCCUGUUUGGACAUCGACGGAUUGCGGCCGAUGUGGACGCACUGCCAAGUUGAGUCACAGGCAUGAUGGUGGUGUUACUAGCUGCCUGGAGCCCACCACGGGCUCCGCCAUGCUUGGCUGGACAGCAAUCAACGAUUCCGUCACCACUUGUAUCGAAAGCGCCGUGCUGCAAGACAAUGCGCUUGCCUCUCCGCAAUGCCUUGAGCAGCCUAUUAGCUUGGACUUGGCUGUUGAAGUGUGCCAGGCACAAGGGGCACGUCUCUGCGAGCGAUCUGAAGCCCGUGAAGCCCGCAACGAUUUGACCUCUUGUGGUCUCCAUGACGAGUUUGUUUGGACUCGGACCUCGUGUGCGGCUGGCUACUACCUUGUGCGGGCCAGUGAUGGGGCCGAAGUUUGCACAGCUACCACCAAUCUGGCCCAUCUGCGCUGUUGCGCGGAUGAGAGCACGCCUAAAUCCGAUCGAUCGUGCAGUGAACUGCGAGAUUCUGGCCAAUUCUUGGGCACACCUCGGGACAACGAUGAUGUUUGGUCUGCGCCUUCCUCCAGCACUGAUCUUGUGUGCGCCGCCUCCUACAUGCCCUAUGGUCUCGAUGGUGAAGUUUUACCGCCCACAGCUCAGGCGCGAUGCCACAAGAAUUACAGUUUUGCCGAGGCUGAGGCAUUGUGCAGUGUGAACGGCGGUCGUCUCUGCACGUCUUUUGAGAUUGAAUUUGAGAGUGUCGGCACGGGCUGUGUACUUGGGCGCUUCCCCAUUCACACGGCUUCGAAGUGCCGCUUACCGGAUGGCACCGAGGGCAUCGUUGAUGUGGCUAUCAUGGCCGGCAACACGUCUUGUGUUCCCGCGUCCACGAGAGCAGCUGUGCGUUGCUGUGCAGAUGAGGUUGUGGAAGCCGCCCCAGUUUCGCGCCUGACCUGCUCAGAGCUCAAUUACUUCCCAUUGAGCAAAGCAGCUCAGGUCUGCGCGGCGCCUCUGCGCUUUGACAACGGAACAGUGAACACCGAGCCCAUGUCGCAAGCCAUUGCUCAGGCUCGCUGUGAAGCAUCAGGCGCCCGUCUCUGCACCGCCAAUGAGCUUAUGUUGGGUGCAGAUGCUGGCUCGAAUGACGGCCUGGAUGCCUCCUAUGUUUGGAGCUCGUCCGAUUGCUCCACGUGCAGUGCCAAUGCCUUUGUUGCUGUCAAGUAUGGUUCACUCUCCACUCUGGGCUACGUGGAAACGAUGUGCCUCCAAGGCACGGAUGUUGCGCCCGCACGCUGCUGUGCUGAUGCAGCCAAUGACGAGGUUUUGCUGACGGGCACGUCAUGCAAGACUUGUGAUCAGCUGCGCUGGGGCGCCGCGCGGGGAGAUCCCAAUGUCUGUGGGUCCGACUUGAUUGUCGGGACAACAGGAAACGCACAGUGCCCCGACUCCCGUUUGACUUUUCGACAAGCUGAGCAAUUGUGCCAGGAUAUAGGUGCUCGGCUAUGCAGUGUGGACGAGGUCGAGACGGAGAUUGCAAAGGGGGACUGCGAUCCAGAUGGUGACUUUAAAAUCUGGACACGCGAAACCUGUGCCGAUGGUUUUGUGGUGGCGUCGCACUUUGCUAACACACGUAACACUGGCACGCUCUGUCGAAAUCCCGAUCGCCUGGCAUAUGCACGCUGCUGUGGUGACCGCGAUGGUGUCAUGUCCGAUUACACGUGUGACGCUCUUCGGACUGGCACUGAUCAGAGCAGCAACCCAGCGUAUGGUACGCUAGUGGGGGGAUGGACGUCAGCUACAGCUGCGCCUCAAAUCAACGCCUCGUUCUGCUUGACGCCCUUUGCAACCCGAACUCUGGCGGGAGAACUGUUGCAGGCUGGCAGUCGCCUCAUUACCAACGCCUCAGCAGAAGAGGUGGACCGCUACUGUGCCAUCAUGGGGGCACGGUUGCCUUCUGCCUUUGAGCUUCGGCAGGGCAAGUCUUUGCUCCCGGCACCUGGCGAGGGCGUCGGCGACUUGUAUGCCACUUCUUCACGGUGCACAGUAGACGAUACGGGGGCCGGCGGAUACUUGGCUUUGAAUGUGACCAGAAACCGUCUGAGCACAUCCUGCGCGCUUGAGUGCGUAUUCACGGCCCUUUGUGUGUGUGUGUGUGUGUGUGUGUGUGUGUGUGUGUGUGUGUGUGUGUGUGUGUGUGUGUGUGUGUGUGUGUGUGUGUGUGUGUGUGUGUGUGUGUGUGUGGAAUGGGCCAUAAUGCUCAGCUGCGUGGACGCCGCACUCCCCAUUGUCACUGUUCGGUGUGCUGCCGAUGAGGAAUUUGCCGCCCCAGCCCGCAUCCGCUCUGAAGCUUCAUGUGAGGCCUUGGGAUGGACGCGGUUCAACUACGGCACUGUCGAGGUUUGCGGCGAGUCUGAGGUGGACAAUGGACAGUGUGUGGGCUCGCUGGUUACCUUUGACGUUGCUCAAAAAGUUUGCCAGGACAGCCACGCACGGCUAUGCACCUAUAGUGAGCUGGUCCGUGGAGAGGCAUUGGACAGUGGUUGUGGACACAAUGGCAAGGCCAUUUGGUCAGGCACGAGCUGUGGAAGAUGUGGAGUGUCAUCGUAUCUCACACAUUCAUUUGCCAACUUGAAUGCUGUGGGUUAUGGCGAGCGACAAUGCCUGCAUGUGUACCAAACAGCGGCUGUUCGUUGCUGUGCCGAUGCGGAACUUGCUUUCAUUCCUACUUUGUCACCCACCUCGGCGAGCACGCCCGUUUCCUCUACCACCGACCACGCCACCACGAUGUUGACAACGUCAGGCACUUUGCCCACAGCUGCGUCGUCUACUGUCUCAAGCUCGUUCACGUCUGCCAGCAGCACUGUGUCGAGCUCUGCAGGCACGUCGACAGCACCUUUGACAACUGCAAGCUCCGCGGGCACCACGACCAUGAGCCCUAACGUCACUACAGAAACGGUAGGCACAACCCCCAUAAUGGGAUCCACCACCUUGGGAUCCACCGCGACCACCACUACCACUACCACUACCACUACCACUACCACUACUACCACUACUACGACCACUACUACUACCACUACCACUACCACUACUACCACCACCACCACUACCGUCCCACCCGAUACAAUCCUGGCGCGAGUGCGGAUUCAAGGGAUCACCGUCACCGACAUCAACUUUGCACAGAUGAGCAACGCGCUUGCCUCUACAAUUACUACUCUCAGCGGGCGUGCUGUAAUCCGCGCCGACAAUGUGUAUGUCCUAGAUAUUACGGCUGGCUCGGCCGUCGUGACGUUCUCUUUGGUUAUGCCCUCGGUUGACGAUGUACCCCUUGUUGGUUGCGCCCUCAACGCGGCAAUUCGCAAUCAGAGGCUGGCGCAAGACAUUGCUACCACUAUUAACCAUCAAGUUAACAGUGUCAUAAUGGAGUUGUUUCUCUGCAGCUCUUGCAUCGACGAGGCGAAUUGCGCUGCUCUGCUUCCCGGCACAACGGCUGCACCAUUCACCACCACUCCCAGCUCGGCCACAUCUGCCAGCGACCAGACAGAUCCUACUGGACGAUUCACGACCAGUUCUGGUACUACCGCCAGCACUGCACCCGGCACUGAGCAAACAACGGUGGCACCCAUGAAUGGCGCCACCACGUACGGUGGUAACGAGGAUCACAUUGUGGAGGCUGGCCACUAUGCCACCGCUUCCGACCCGUUUAGCACCGCCAGCGCCAAUGAGGGUGAAGGGGACGAUAUCACUGACUAUGCCAACCUACCAACUCCUUUGGAAGAGCCCGGGUAUAUGGAUGUGUCUGGCAGACAUGGUCAGGAGGCCCGAGCUGUCAACAGUAGCGGCAACAACGACGACAACGAGGAGUCUGCAUACAUGGACGUGGGCCCGGCUGAUGACCAUGCCAAUCACGCCUUUAACAGCAAAGAUCACGUCGAUCCCUUCACCUAUUAA